AGGCUGCUCCAGGACAGUGCUCGGAGCAAGAGGGCCAGCCGCCCAGCGGGUGCCGCCUUCCUUGGGCCGCGGGGCAAGUGCCGUGGCCCGGCACGCGGGCGGGCGGGCGGCACCACUGAGUAUGUGCCCAAGGUGGCGGCCUCUCCGGCCGUAGGAAGCCGGGACGGCGGGCCCUAACCCAGCGCAAAACCCUUCCGACCGGGGCUCGCCUCCUACCAGCGCCACGGGAGCCCCGCCCGACGGGAGGGGCUUGGAAGCCGCCUAAGAGGCCCGCCCGCAGCGCGCCGGCCGGAGACGGGUGGGGCGGCCGCCGCGGCUCCUGCUGGCGUCGCUUCGCCUUCGCCCCGCUCCCUCGGCCGUCGGUGGGGCCAUGCAGCGCUGCGCCCUGCUGGCGUUCUUCGCGCUGGGCUACGCCGGCUACCUGUUGCUGGGCGCGCUCGUCAUUUCGGCCGUCGAGCGGCCCUACGAGAGCCUCCUGCGAGCCGAGCUGCGGGAGCUCAAGGCGGCCUUCCUGGAGACCAGUCCGUGCCUGCCGCAGGCCGCCCUGGAGCGCUUCCUGGGCGCAGUGCUGAGCGCCAACCGCCACGGCGUGGCUCUGCUGCACAACGCCUCGGCCGCGCCGUCCAACUGGGACUUCGCCUCCGCCUUCUUCUUCUGCAGCACUUUGAUCACCACCGUCGGCUAUGGAUACACCACCCCCCUCUCAGAUGCUGGGAAGGCCUUCUGUAUCUUCUACGCGUUGCUGGGGGUGCCCUUCACCAUGCUGCUGUUGACAGCCACCGUGCAGCACCUCAUUGGCACUUUCACCUCUGGCCCGCUGGAGUACCUGGCCUUGAAGUGGGGCUAUGCCCGGCAGACCCUCUCCUGUGGACACCUCCUUUUGCUGGUGGCCGUGGUGCUGGUGACCUUCUUCCUGGUACCUGCUGCAGUUUUCAGCGCCCUGGAGGAGUCCUGGAGCUACCUGGAUGCCUUUUAUUUCUGCUUUAUCUCCCUGUGCACCAUCGGCCUGGGAGACUACGUUCCAGGGGAGCAGCCGGGGCAGCGCUUUCGCCCUCUCUACAAGAUCUCUGUCACAGUGUACUUGCUGCUGGGCUUGCUGGUGAUGCUGCUGCUGCUCCAGACCUUCCACAAGGCUGCCGAGCUCCACGGCCUCUCGGAUCUGGUCUUGCUCCCCCAGGACCCGCCCCAAGAAGACCAGAAGCGCAUCCUGGAGGGACAGGAGCUUCCUGUGGGGCUGGCAGAGAGUGCACCGGUCCAGCCCCCACUCAUUACUGGGGGGCAACCCAACUACGCUUCCAUCAGCAGAUAGCUGAAGACCCAUGGCCGGGGGGGCGGGGGGGGGGUUCCCUGGAAUCCGGGCAGGACAGUCUUCCCUCGCUUGCUUCUCCCCUUUGCAGGGCCUGUUGCUGAGGGCCGGCCACGAGGGAACAAGCAGGGAUUCGUGCCUGAACAGUUCCUGGGAAGGUUUCGUGGUUUCCUGUUGCCCACUCAGGUUAACAAGAUCAAACAUUCCCCUCUGCGGCAGAGCCCGGCCUUCUGUGACCCGUGUGAAGCCCUUCCUAGCUGGGACUCAGCCUGGCACUGCAGGGGCGGGGAGCAGUAGCCCCUCCCCCACCACCCUCCUUUGCAUCCAUUUGGUCCUGGCUGAGGACCACAGCGGAAGCACUUUUAUCUCAUUAAAGGGAGGAAAAGUCACUGUGUGUGUGUGUGUUUACACAUUUUGUAAACCACUUGAUCAUUUGAUUAAAAAUGUGUUUUUUUAUUUUUUAAUAAAAUCAUUGCCAAUAAAGAUUAACUUUAUGAGAGAUUAA